GUUAUCAAGAAAAUGGAUUCCAUGGGCUGUACGCUAUUUAACUUGAGGAGUCUACCAUUAGGAGGAGUCUAUUCCAGUUAGCACUUAGUAGUAUCAUCAAUUCUAGGCUUCUUGUGAGAAUUUACAAAAGGAAAAAAGAAAAAUCUGAGAUGUCAACUCCGUCAAUGGCCAUCGGAGUAGCCAUGUCGGAAUGCCGAUUACUUCUGGAAGAGAUGCUUGAUGGCUUCAGGGCUGCCGAGCAACAUUUCCGCAAUGCCGUUCAUGUCGAGCUGCCAGCAUUUAUCCCGCUAAUGGAUCAAGUCAGUGCUGAAAUUCAGGUUCUGUCGCAGACCGCCCAAGAUGUCAUGCAAAAUUUUGAUAAGAUGAACUACCUCUGUACAACGCAGCAAAAACUGGACAGCAUGAGCAAGGCUGUGGAUUAUGUGGACGGAGUAGUUGCAAAGAUCGAAGAAAAUAUGGAAUUCUACAACGCCGUGAAGGAUUCUUUCCAAAGUAAGAAAGAUAUAUUUGAUAAGUGUUCCGGGGUCGUCAAUGGUGAUCUCCCGUCACCGUCUAUUCUUAACCAGCUUGAUGCUAUUGAUGAAAAAUUGAGCAGUCUGACUGUAUCUUUCCGGGAGGUUGAUCAAGUGUUGAAUCCAAUCCGAGGGAGUAAUCUUGAUGAUGAUGAUGGUCAGGCGGCUGCAGGUCAUGAUAAUGUGGUCCUGAUGACUGGUGGCCAUUAGAAGAGAGCCUCCGUCGGUGUUGACCCUACGAGUUGUGAUCGUACAAGUCAGUGGGUGAUUUUUUUUGGGUGAUUAUUUUAGUGUUUAAUUUUGUCUCUCCUUCCUGAUUAUGAUGACCUUGAUCCAUGGUUAGUGACUAGUUCGAGAAAUUGAUAAUCUUA